AUGUCAGGCAAAAUGGAAGGGACACGAAGUGUCAAGUUUGAAUCACACACUGUAGACGAGGAUGGUGUGCCGACAGAGGUUGCUGAUUACCUGGAUUACUUCGCUCAAAUGAUUGAGAAGAAGGACGUGCCGGAAAUCCACAAUCUAUACGAACAACAUUUCCCUGAUUUGACGGAGAGACUUUUCAUCAUUUUAUACAAGGAGCUUUAUUAUCGGCAAGUGUAUGCACGAAAUCAGCGUGGUCCAUCACUAUCACACCGUUUUGAAUCGUUCAUGAAUUACCAAGAUCUUUUCUCAGAGAUCUUAUCCAGCAAAGAUCCCGUAUCGCUAAGUCUACCCAAUUUCCAAGCUUUCUGCCUUUACAAAGCGAAUCCUGGAAAGCGAAGCGUGGACGAGGUUGAUGAGCUCAUCAGUAUCGAGGAAGCCCAAAAUGCCUGGAAUAUUUAUCCUGUACUUAAUAUUCUGUAUUCUCUACUAUCAAAAUCGCAAAUAAACGAGCAGCUGGCAGCCAUCAGAGCUCGAAGAACUCAUGUACUUCUUGGAGACUACCAUCAAGACUUUGAAAACAUCGAAAACGUAGAGUCAGAUGCCAAGGGCCUUUACAACACCGUUCCGUCAUGUCUCGUGACAUUGCAUUAUUUUGUCGGGUUUCUCACAUAUGAUGAUGCGAAACUAUGGACGAAAGCAAUCCAAACUCAGCAACAGAAGCAGAAGAACUUCCAGUAUGAUGUGAUUGGCAAAACCUAUGACCAACUUUUCCAUUUACUUGCGAUCUGCUUGGCUAUACAGCCUCAACGCAUCGAUGAGUCGAUUGCAUCCAACUUCCUGAGCGAGAUGUGUGACGCAUCCCAACUCGCUGAGCGAUGUGGUGACCGCAUGUCACGUAUGGGCAAUGGUGACUUGGACGAGUUUCGUCUAGCGUUCCAGAUGGGAUGUCCGAAGUUCCUUUCGCCAACUACCGUCGUUUAUGAAGGCUCAAAUCUAUCUAAGGAGCCACUUUUGCGUCAAUCGCAAGCUUUCCUUGAAGGCGUUGAAGCUCAGAUGGCGCUGCCGGUUCUACGUGGAUACCUAAAAUUAUACACAUCCCUGCCAACGAAAAAACUAGCAUCGUUCAUGGAUGUUGACGAUAAGAAUUAUGACUCUUUCUUGGGAAAGCUGUUAACAUACAAGAUGGUGGUCAAUGAACUAGGCAAGGAUUCGCUAGCAUCUUCAAAUGACGACGACGAACCGAAUACGGAUAUUGAUUUUUACGUUGAUAAGGAUAUGAUUUGCAUUGCCGAUACGAAAGUAGCACGUCGGGUUGGAGAGCAUUUCAUCCGACACAUGCAGAAACUUUAUGAGACUCAAAAGUUGUUGAGGAAUUCUAGAGAC